ACUAGAUGACGGAAAGCAGAUGGACCGGAGUUGAGCUCAAACCUCUCAGUUGACAGCAUCACCAUGUCCUACUCUGAUGUGUGCACCGAUCUGCAGACGUUUUAUAACCUUCACACGAAACAAUGUGUAUCGUGUGACAUGACAUGGAUAAAACCAGGGUACGAGUUCGUCCCGAACUGUGGAUACGCGGACAACGGCGGGCGACGAGACAGCCACACUCAGAAGUGUGCGGACAAUUACUGGAACGACGGAAAAAGUGGGAAAUGUCAAAUGUGUUCGGCUUGUCCGACUGGGGUACCAACUGUGCGCCAAUGUAACGCAACCGUCGAUACGUGCUGCGGCUUUGGAACCAUGUGGUUUAUUGCUGUGGUUUCUUUAUUUAUUCCAGGGGUGACUAUCAUUGUCCUCUUGGCUUGCCUCAUGGUGGGCGCGUUAACCUACUUCAUCUACAAAAGGAAAAAGAAAAGCUUUCAAGGGCUAAUUGCAGAUGGAAACGGUAAUGGGGCUUUUUUGAGUCAACGUGACGGCCAGGAAUGGAAAGCGGUUCUAAUUCCACAGGUGUCUGCGGCCCCCCUGCGGAUGGUGCUGGACGAUCUGGACGUCCUGGAGGAGCUCAUAAUCCUCCUGGACCCAGAAGGCCACGGGGUGAAGUGCACCCGACACCUGGCGUCGUACUGCUCCUUCCCGUCCACCUGGAUCAACUACACCUACUCCAUGAGGGACAGCAAGAGCCCCCUGAAGACCCUGUUAGAGGGGGUGACCACCAAGUACCCUGAGUGGACGGUGGGGGACCUGGCCCGGUUGCUAGGGGAGAUGGGGCGCACCGACGCUAUAGUGGUCCUGGCUAAACUCAGACCGAGUGUACACACCGUCUGAAGGCCAGUGUGUGUUCUUGCGACUUCAUCUCGUAAGCAACACAACAGGGGGUCUGCACCACACACAGCCUAGAGACUUGAGUCUCAAGGGCUUGUGGCGUGCGUGUCGAACCAAUUCAGAAUGUGAAUGCAAAGGCCACAAAUGUUGCCGACCAGUGAGGGGUGUAGUGAGAGGGAGUGGCAAACAUGUACCAGGGGACAGUGGGACUUCAUGGACUUAACUUCAUAACAUAGCAUUGAAAGUAGAUUACAUAGAAAAAAAUAAUUACAAUUUUUUAAGUAUUUUGUAUGUUGUACCAAUAUUGUAUUAUUGUAUAUAUUGCAAAAAUAUAUAAAUGUAUGCAAGUGUGUUUGCAGACGCGUCUACUUCCCCCAUACUGUAUUGCAGUUACAUUUUUUUCAAGGUUUUCCAAAACCUUGAAAGAAAUCUGAAAAACCUGUAUACCCAAAAUCUGGUCCACAUAUUCCGCAAUAUCUCAUCAUCAUUCGAUCAAACACCAAUCCACUUCGAAGCCUCAUUAGCCUGACGAGCUAGCAUGUUUGCAGAAUAUUGCUCACAUGAUGAGUUAGCUCAAUGUGACGCCAGUGA